UGGGAUAAAGGAGUGCGUCUGUACAGCUACGUCUACACCUUAGCUGGGUGUGUCCUUGUAAAAACAGCAGGUACCUUCACCGUUUCGCUCUUGUGUCUCUCUGCUGGAAAGACUUGAACCGUCCAGGAUGGAUCGGAUCGGCUUGUCGCUUCUCUUUCUCUUCUCUUCUACCGGGUGCUGUGUUGGAUCGAACAUUCUACCCGUGGGUCCUGUGGAUGUCAUUUUGGGGAAUAAUGUGACGCUAAAUAUCCUGCCUGCAAAGACGUCGGAUGACAUCAUUAUCUGGGUUUUUAGCGACGGGGAAAGUUCAGCUAAUAUUGCUACUUUGCGCCCCAAUGGGGUGAACGUGAACGAUGGUUAUAAAGGUAGAGCUUCUGUUAACUCCACCAACGGAUACCUGACUCUGACGUCCCUAAGAAGUCAGGAUACCGGGGAUUAUAUGCUCACCAUGUUGACAGGGGUGGGAGAUACUCUUACCGGAAAAAUUAAAGUCCGAGUUCUGGACCCUGUGUCUAGUGUUGUGAUCACGUCAGACCUCCCUGAAGCCAUUGAGCAAAACAGCACAGUGGUUCUUACCUGCUCUUCGAAAGGGUCUUUGCUGACCUUUGCCUGGACCAAUAACAGCAAUCCCAUUGUUGCUGAUGGCAAACGGUUAACACUGACAAAUGAACAAUCUUCUAGUAAGCUGACUAUCAAAGAUGUCCUCCGGUAUGACUUGGUUGGUCCUAUCGUCUGCACAGCAACAAACAAGCUGGAGAAACAGAGCAGUGCCCCUUUUAACCUCACAGUCUACUAUGGACCGGAAGAUGUCAUCAUAAAGCCCUCUGCAACUUCACAGUACAUCCCGUCCAAGUCCGAUUUCAACCUGACAUGUUCAGCCUCCUCCAGCCCCUCUGCCACCUUCACCUGGUUUCACGACGAGAAAGAAUUAAAGGCCACUGGUCAAGUCCUUACCUUGAAAGUCAUUGAGGAGCAGGGAUUUGGGAAAAACAUCGGUGACUACAAGUGCGUAGCUCAGAAUGCCAAGACCAAACGUGCUGUCCCUUCUGCUCCUGCAAGAUUCUCUGUGAUGGAGCCCAUUUCUGAUGUUAUAUUUACAUUUCCAACUGGUGUCCUCAUCGCCGGAAACAGCACUGCCAACCUCAGCUGCCAGGCAUCAGUAGGCAAUGUGACAGACAGAGUCUGGCUGAAGGAUGGUAAAACCCUCUCUCCCAGCUCCAACAUUGUCUUCUCCAGUGACAGUAGCUCAAUAUUCAUCAAUAUGCUGAAGAAAGAGGACAAUGGAAAAUACACAUGUCAGCUCAUCAACUCCGUCAGCAAACAAGAAGCUCACUUCUUGAUGGUUGUCAAUUAUGGUCCUGAAUCAGCAGAGGUGAAGGGUAAACCUGAAGUGAAGCUGGAGCAACCAGUGGAAUUCACCUGUUCGGCCCUGUCUCUACCUCCUGCCAAGAUUACCUGGAGGAUAAAUGGCACAGUGAUCCCUGGUCAAACAGAAAAUGUGUUGAUCCUUGACAAGGCCAGUUACAAAGACUCAGGAAAAUACACGUGUGAGGCAAGCAAUGCUGUCACUGGCAGGGCCGCCACCUCCUCCUCUUACAUUCUCAGUGUCAAAGAAGAGAUAGACGAGGGUCUUUCAGACGGAGCUAUCGCCGGAAUCGUCAUCGCAUGCCUUGUUGCAGUCGGAGCCUCCAUCGCCUUGUUCUUCUACUGCAGAGCGAAAGUACCAGUGGCGUCACCGUACUAAAGACGCUCCCCUGCUGGCCUAAAACAUCUACUGUUUUGUUUCCCAUGAUAACCGUGUGCACCUGUGAGGAGCGCAUGGGUGGAUCCAGCUGGUUUUCUUUCAACAACUCGUCCAACUAGCUUCUCCAUUUUGACUCUCUCUUCUUCCCUCUCUCUGGCGGACAACGAUUAUGGAAAUUUGAUUUCUAUUGGAACACUAGAUCAUGUUAUGAUUUGGAUAACAAUUUUAAAUUUUACUGCAACUACAGUAUCUUCAAUACAUUUUUUAUUAUUUUUAUUAUUAACCUUCCCCACCUCAUCCCUUAGUCUGUGUCUUCUCUUCUGUUGUGGAGAUGCGUCCUUCACUAAAGCUCAUGGAUAGAUGAUUGCGAUGAGUGACUGUCUUUAUCCUACUGGAAACCUGAGGAUAACAAACACACACACAGACACACGAUCUAUUACCAAAGAAAAUGUGAUGCAUUCAUGCAACCAUGGAGGCCACACAGGCAGAACCUUGGGUAUUCGGACUGAAAAAAAGUAGCAGAAGAUUUGUUAUGGUAUGAUUUAUCUCACUGUCUGUUCCAGGUGGAUGGAGUAGCACAGAUAAGGGAUACUUCAAGCGCAGUGGAGGGUUUUAAAGUUAAAUAUAAUUCUCUGAGCUCAAGAGUUUUGAUCCAUAAUAUCUCAGUUUGUUUGGUGCUCUUCGAAGUAUAAGACGUUUUCUACCACACCUGCUGAGUCGUCUUCUUUUUAAAAAUUCAUGCUAACAUAAGAUCACUAAAAAACUGUGGGCUUCUCUCACUCAAACAGCUUUUCUCAGUAGUGCUUUUUUCAAAAAAAUAAAUCUAGCUGUUAAAUUUACCAAAAUUGCCCAUGUCCCAUUUAUACUAGCAGCGCAACAUGAUCCUUUAAAAUAACAGAUAAAUAAUAUUUAUUACUUUAAAUCUUCAAAAUCCCAGAGUGUGCAAAUAAAAGAAAAACAUUCAGAACAGUCUCCCAUAUUGCACAAAAAUAUGUCCAUUUUAUGAAAAUAAUAUAGUCCAACAGAAGCAACACAUUCUCCUAAAUAAAGGCUGGAACUGUUUCCUAUGUGACUAUUUUCAAAGUUGCCAGGUCAUCAAUCCAUGAUGAUAAUGAGUGCCUCAGAAGGAAAAAUAAAUACAUCUGUAAUACCCAUCAUGCCACAUUUUUAGAGAAUAAAUUUGGACCAAGAUGUGUUUUUAUUAGAUAUGAUUGGGUUGAGCAUUUGUGCAGCUUUAAGUUCUUUAAUAAUGCCACACAUCUUGUUUUAGUGCAACGUUUUAAUCCUUGUGCAGACUGUGUUUACUUGCCCCAUGCACUACUACUUACCAUGCUAUGAUAACCAAAAGUUAAAGCUGAUUUACAAUGCACAUACACAGUUUCCACAAACAAGAUUACUCUGUAAUCUAAGCUGGCUCCCUUGCUUCCUUGCUGGUAUCCGUCCUGUAACUUUACAUCCUGUUCUAAGGAUCCUACCCCCUGUUUGACUCAUCCUCUCAACUUAGAAAGAACCGACAGAGGAGGAGGGGAGGAUUAAAGAUGGCAGAGACAGGACUCAGCACGCAGGGCUACUUCAGUCAGGUUAGGAGGAAGGCAGGAAGAAAAACCAAAUGGGAAUGUGUUUUAGAGCUAUCAACUUUAAAAGUUGGAGGGAAAGUUUGAUGAGCUGUCAGUGUGCUGUUUUUUUUUUUUUUAUUCACAACUGGAAAGAUGUUUUACAACUAAAUUAUAGCUUAUAGAGCCUAAUUGUGAUGGUAGUUUUAAUUAAAAAAUGCAUCUGAAAAACAUAUUUGUGGUAUUAUGAAGUUCAGCAUUUAGCUGUUUCUUCCUGAGUAUUUUGUCUGCAUCCUGUUUGUUUUAUUUUUAACUUUGUGUGGUUCAUGGUUAUGUGUGACCUCAGAUUUGAGCCUGCACUGAUCUCCAGUAAGAAAAGUAUUUAUUUUGUUAAGUUUCAGAAGAAAAAAAAAACUUUUAGAAUAAUAACUUGUAAACAGAUAACACAUGCAGAAACCCAUUGUUGUUUUUUUCUGGUUACUUUUCGGUUUUAGGUCUAGGUGGAGAAACAGACUGACUACAGGUCAGUUUGCCUCUUCAACAAUUUGUGUCUCUUUUUUUUAUCCACACUUUGGCAUUUCAUCCAAAUUUCUCUGCAUAUUCAUUCAGUAUCAGUUUAUUUGUCUUGGUAGUUUAGUAUAUAUGUUUUUUAAUUCAUUUUGGCAAUUAAUUAAUCAUGUAUUGGCUUACAUUUUGGAACCCUAGUAAGUGGCUUAGUGGACAUACCCAGGGCUGGAUUUAGGAGGAUGUGGGUCUCUACCCAGGUUUAGUGUCCUUCCCAUGCAAGUUAGCUUUAUAAGUGCAAUUUACGGUAGAUUAAUAGUUAAAUACAUAUCACCUUCUGUGGCUUUAAGUCUUUGCCACAUGUUUUUGGUGUUUUGUUUUCAAAACAGUCUUUGUAUUCUGCAUUUUUCCUUAUAAACAAGGCAUUGAGAAUUGACAAGUUUAAAACAUAUUUAUGUGUUGGGUUUAAGGUAGAACAUAGCACAGAUUGUAUUAAUAAAAAGAUGUAAAUAUGACAUUUGUUGCCCUAAACAAGACAUUUUCAUAUGUUUUAAACAGCAUAUAAACUGCCCUCAUUGUAUAUAAGAGUUGUUGUAUUCAAUUUACACAGAUUUUGUGACAUUUGUUUGGAUUAUAUAUGUGGGGUUUUAAUUGAUUUUUACUGUUUAAUAUUUUAAGAGAUGUUUUUUGAUGUUUACAGAAGUGAUUUUGUCAUCUUUAGAGGUUUUGUACAAACCAAUAACAGUUAAAAUAAAUGUACCAGGUCAAAAUCUUGUCCCUUGUAAAAGCCAUAAAGGUUUAGAAAAUAUAUUUCUAACUUAGAUUUGUUUUAUUUUUCUAUUUAUGUUGUUUUUUCUAAAGGGGAAAUUACACUUCUUCUUUGAAUGGUGUAACAAAAUGGGGAAUGACCAAUUAGACUAGAUGUGUUUCUUCAAACCAUCCAAUCACAGUGUUAGCCUGCACGAGCAUGACACCGAUCUAUACCCGAAGGAGUGUUCUGUCCUCAUCUGCCACGCCUGAGACAUAUUUUAACACACUCGUACGCAGACGGAGACACUGACAAGACUCUGUUAUAACAAGUCAUCUUGCUUCAGCUGUAGCCGAACACGAAACAUGAAAAAGUGUAUUUGCAAUGAAAUGUUCCAUCCUGGUAAUAGAAGAAAACAAUGCUUUGCCUUAUUGACUUAUACUGACCCUUCAAAGUUAAUAAAGAUGGCUGUAGUGACUAAGACUG